AUGUCAGACGCUCCAAGAAAAUUAUUUUUUAGAAAUACCUCUAACUAGCCAUAAUAACCCCCUGUUGUAAGAUAAGUUAACGAGUAACCAAAUCAAGAGACCAAUGUUUAACCAAUAAAUUAAACGAAAGAUUUGAAUUAGAUAGGAUUGGAUGUUGUGCAGCCUGGAGAGGUUUCAUUGUAGUAGGUAAAUGUCGUGUGUUUCAAUGGUGUAUAACAAUUCUCUGGUCUAUUAGUGGCUACAAAUUAUUAAGUUGUUUUCUCGCCUUAAAGAUUCCCUAAAGAUUUCAGAAAGGAUUACUUUUAGAUACCUUAUACAUUUAUGAUAAAAGUGGAUAGAUCUGUUGAUAAGAAAUAAAAUGAUUCAAUUAUACUUGAGAUAUCAUCGAAGGAUGGUAGACAAUUGAGAUAUAGAUUUUAUAGAGAGCAAAGUGAUGAUUGUGCAUGUUUAUUUAAUUUGAUCAACAAGAAUGCUUACACAUUGUAGAAGACAACAUUAUUUGCAUUUACAUUUUAUAAAGAAAUGUAGAAUUUGGAGAAUGAAUUCUAAGGGUGGAAGAUAUACAAUAUAGAGAAAGACUUUGAGAGGAUGGGAGUGUUGAUUUAAUAAGAAAGUCAACAACAAUAAAUGAAUGUGUUAUAUAAAUACGUGAACAAUGAGGGUGGAUAAAUAUGCGCUACAUAUUACAAUAGAUUGAUAGUACCUGCUAGAGUUGAUAUGGAUUGCAUACAGAAAACAGCCAAGUUUAGAUCUAAGGAGAGAAUACCAAUUUUAUCAUAUGCAUUUUAAGUGAAUGGGAAGAUAGUGUCAUUGUGGAGAAGCGCAUAAUGUAGAAUAGGAAUAGGAUAGAUAAGAUCAUUGGAAGAUGAAUUAUAUUUGAAAUAGAUGUCUUAGCAAAUGGUUGACGAACCAGAAAAUCAAUAGGAGGAGAUUCAAUUAAAAAUAUUUGAUGCUCGUUCAGAUGUUAACUCUAUAGGGUAAUAGACGUCAGGUAAGGGAUUCGAAAAUCCAAUGUAUUAUAAAAAUUGUAGCAUUGAGUUUCUGGAAAUCCAAAAUAUCCAUAAAAUGAGGGAAUCGUAGACGAAGUUGUUGAAAAAUUCAUUCAGUGAGACUAUAUCAUUUAUCUCUUAAUUAGAGAUAUCAUAAUGGUACGAACAUAUUGUAUCACUAAUACAGGGCGCAGUGAGAAUUUCAUUGAGUUUAACAAAGGAGAAGUUGAAUGUGUUAGUUCAUUGUAAUGAUGGAUGGGAUAAAACACCUUAAUUAGUGUCUUUGGUGUAGAUCAUGAUCGAUGGAUAUUACAGAACUUUCGAUGGAUUCAUGAUGUUAAUUUAGAAGGAGUGGAUAAACAAUGGACAUUAGUUUUGCUAGAGAUCUGCAAUUGGUAACAGAUAACAUAGCGAUGAUUGUCGAUCACCAAUAUUCUUUUAGUUUCUGGAUUGUGUCUAUCAAAUGUUAUAACUUUAUCCAUUAUCUUUCGAAUUCAAUGUCAAAUUAUUACUGGACUUGGCGUAUCAUCAUAUGUCCUCACUUUUUGGUAGCUUCUUAUGCGACUCCUUCUUGGAAAUUCAAAAACAAAAAGUCAUGGAAUCAACAGUGUCCAUUUGGUCUUGGGUGAUGAAAUAUAAAGAGAAAUAUAGAAAUGCAUAUUAUUUGAAUCCUGGUUCCAUCGAAUAAGAAGUGAUUAUACCUGAAUAAUUUACAGGGAAGUCUGUGAAGUUUUGGUAGGAGUAUUUUCUCAAUUACUCUUCUGAAUUCAAUGAUGUCUAUGGAAUACACCCCUCCUCUUAAUUUACAAGGUAAUCCAUUUCUAUAUGGAGUAGGGACAACUUAUAAGAAAUGUACAAAGCUUUAGCUAAGGAGAACCAAGUCUUGAGAUUGGCUCAAAUGGAUUAAGAGAAAUUGGCCCAUCUGAAUCAAUAGAAGUUCAAUUAAUUAUUUCAAAUUAUUCAGGAAACUUAAAAUGAAAAAAUCAUCGAAAAACUUGAAUCCAUUCAACUUACAUGA